UUUUCUGGGUUCUCUUUAGAUGGUUCAUAUAUAGCAGAUACAUGCAAGUCAAACUGUCAUAAACUUCUAAAUUUCAUUUUCUCUGCAACUGAACGAAAGGGAAGUGUUUUAUGUGGGGAAGUUGAGACCUUGUUGUGUAUCACUUAAGAAAUUUUAGAUUGAGUAAGAACAGAACUCAGUGAUUGUAUCAAGAUGAGUUUUUGAGUUUAUAAUGUGCCUUCAGUAGAAUAUCUGUGGGAGUGAAAUUGAAUACCAGAUAUGGGUUUUAAGCCAAUAGACUGGUAUUGUCAACCAGAAGCUAAUGGGGUGUGGGCCAAAGCAGUCAGUGCUUUUGGCCCAUAUACACCUUGUGCAAUUGACUCCCUAGUCAUCUGCAUUUCUCACUUAGUUCUUUUGUGCCUGUGCUGCUAUCGAAUAUGGAUGAUAAAGAUGAAUUUCAAAUCCCGGAGGUUUCGAUUAAGGUCAAAUUACUAUAAUUACAUAUUGGCUUUGUUGGCUGGAUACUUCACUGCUGAGCCCAUACUGAGGUUGCUGAUGGAAAUAUCCAUUUUUAACCUGAACAGAAAAACUUGCUUUGCUCCUUUUGAGAUGACUUCUUCAGUCAUUGAGGCUCUUGCUUGGUGCUCCAUGCUAAUUAUGAUUGGCUUGGAAACUAGGAUAUAUAUCCGGGAAUUCCGGUGGUAUGUAAGGUUUGGAGUCAUUUAUGUCUUGGUAGGAAAUGCAGUGGUUCUGAAUCUUGUUCUUUCAGUGACAGUCAGCAGAGGUGCUCUGUACCUGUAUAUAAGCACUCUCUGUUGCCAGGUGUUGUUUGGAAUUCUACUUCUUGUUUAUAUUCCUAAUUUGGAACCUUAUCCGGGUUACAUUGCUCUGCAAUCCGAGUCUCUUGAUAACAUUGAAUAUGAAGCACUGCCUGGAGAAGAGCAAAUUUGCCCAGAAAGACAUGUUAAUAUAUUUUCCAGAAUAUAUUUUGGAUGGAUGACUCCACUCAUGCAGCUAGGGUACAGAAAACCCAUCACUGAAAAAGAUGUUUGGAAGUUGGACACACGGGAUCAGACUGAGACAUUAAUUAAAAAGUUCCAGAAAUGCUGGGUUAUAGAAUCUCAAAGGCCCAAACCAUGGCUUCUAAGAGCAUUGAAUUGUAGCCUUGGAAGAAGGUUCUGGUGGGGAGGCUUUUUCAAGAUUGGCAAUGAUCUUUCUCAGUUUGCAGGUCCAGUUUUAUUGAAUCAUCUCUUGCAGGCAAUGCAACGAGGUGACCCAGCUUGGAUUGGUUGCAUAUACGCCUUCUCAAUUUUCACUGGUGUGUCACUUGGUGUGCUCUCUGAAGCUCAGUAUUUCCAGAAUGUUAUGCGGGUUGGUUUUAGGCUGAGAUCAACUCUGGUAGCUGCUAUAUUUCGUAAAUCUAUAAGACUAACUCAUGAGGGUCGUAAGAAGUUCCCAACUGGCAAGAUAACAAACAUGAUGUCAACAGAUGCUAAUGCCCUUCAGCAAAUAUGUCAACAACUUCACGGACUGUGGUCAGCUCCUUUUCGUAUCACUGUAGCCAUGGUUCUUCUUUACCAGCAAUUAGGUGUUGCAUCACUUAUUGGGUCAAUGAUGCUAAUUCUCAUGAUCCCCAUACAGACAAUCGUGAUCAGCAAAAUGCGAAAACUGACAAAGGAUGGACUACAGCAGACUGACAAGAGAGUUGGCCUCACGAAUGAAAUUUUGGCAGCCAUGGACACUGUGAAAUGUUAUGCCUGGGAGACAAGUUUCCAACAACGAGUUCAAAUUAUACGGAAUGAUGAACUAUCAAGGUUCCGUAAAGCGUAUUUACUAUCUGCUUUUAACAGUUUUAUACUGAACAGCAUCCCAGUUGUUGUGACACUAACAUCAUUUGGGAUGUUCACUUUUCUUGGCGGUGAUUUGACACCUGCAAGGGCAUUCACAUCGCUUUCUCUCUUUGCAGUGCUACGGUUUCCUUUAAACAUGCUGCCUAACUUAUUAAGUCAGGUUGUAAAUGCAAAUGUAUCCUUACAGCGUUUGGAGGAACUAUUUUUAACUGAGGAGAGAAUUCUAGUGCCGAACCAGCCUCUUGAACCAGGGCUUCCAGCCAUCUCAAUUAAGGAUGGUUACUUUUCAUGGGAUUCAAAGGCAGAGAAGCCCACCUUAUCAAACAUCAACUUAGAUAUACUGGUUGGAAGCUUAGUGGCAGUUGUUGGCGGCACUGGGGAAGGGAAGACGUCACUUGUAUCAGCCAUGCUUGGAGAGCUGCCUCCCAGAGCAAAUUCUGGUGUUGUAAUCAGGGGGACUGUUGCUUAUGUUCCCCAAGUUUCAUGGAUUUUCAAUGCUACUGUACGCGAAAAUGUUUUAUUUGGAUCUAAAUUCGAGCCUGCAAGAUAUUGGAAGGCUAUGGAUUUAACUGAGUUACAGCAUGAUCUAGACAUACUUCCAGGUCGAGAUCUAACAGAGAUUGGCGAAAGAGGGGUCAAUAUUAGUGGUGGUCAAAAGCAAAGAGUCUCAAUGGCUAGGGCUGUAUAUUCUAAUUCAGAUGUUUACAUAUUUGACGACCCAUUAAGUGCUCUAGAUGCUCAUGUUGCUAAACAGGUUUUCAACCGCUGUAUCAAGGAAGAGUUGCAAGGGAAAACUAGGGUGCUGGUCACAAAUCAGCUACAUUUUCUUCCUCAAGUGGAUCAAAUUAUUCUAGUCUGUGAUGGUACGAUUAAAGAGGUGGGAACCUUUAAGGAGCUGUCUAAAAGCAGUAAGCUGUUCCAGAAACUAAUGGAAAAUGCAGGGAAAAUGGAAGAACAUGUAGAAGAAAAAGAAGAUAGCAAAAAUGAUUACCAUGAAAGCUCAACACCUGCUUCCAAUGGGGUGUUGAAUGACUUGCCAAACGACGUAAGCUACGCAAAGAAAGGGAAAGGAGCAAAAUCUGUACUCAUUAAACAAGAGGAACGGGAAACAGGUGUUGUCAGUUGGAAUAUUUUACUGAGGUACAAAAAUGCAUUAGGAGGCCUAUGGGUGGUCAUGGUUCUAUUUGCUUGUUAUAUAUUAACAGAAGUUCUUCGAGUUUCUAGUAGCACAUGGCUAAGUGUUUGGACAGCUAAAAGCACCUCAAAGAGUUAUAAACCUGGAUUCUACAUUCUUGUAUAUGGAAUUCUGUCAUUUGGCCAGGUAAUUGUGACACUGACCAACUCUUUUUGGUUAAUCACUUCAAGCCUUCGGGCAGCCAGAAGAUUGCAUGAUGCCCUGCUAAAUGCUAUACUAAUAGCUCCAAUGGUAUUCUUCCACACUACUCCAACUGGACGGAUAAUCAAUAGGUUUGCGAAAGAUCUGGGCGAUAUAGAUCGCAUGGUAGCAAAUGUUAUGAACAUGUUUCUGGGUCAAGUCUGGCAGCUCCUUUCAACUUUUGUGCUCAUAGGCAUUGUGAGCACAAUAUCCCUCUGGGCCAUAAUGCCACUUCUAAUUUUAUUUUAUGCAGCCUACCUCUUUUAUCAGAGCACAUCCCGUGAAGUGAAGCGCUUGGAUUCGAUUACCAGGUCUCCUGUUUAUGCACAAUUUGGAGAAGCAUUAAAUGGUUUAUCAUCCAUUCGUGCAUACAAAGCAUAUGAUCGGAUGGCCAGCAUCAGUGGGAGGUCCAUGGAUAAUAAUAUCAGAUUCACCCUUGUGAAUAUCAGUUCAAAUCGCUGGCUCACUAUAAGGUUAGAAACACUGGGAGGCGUGAUGAUUUGGUUGAUAGCAACCUUUGCUGUCAUGCAGAAUGCAAGAGCAGAAGACCGAGUAGCAUUUGCAUCCACAAUGGGUCUACUUCUCACUUAUACUUUAAAUAUCACAAAUUUGUUGAGUGGUGUUCUUAGACAAGCAAGCAGGGCUGAAAACAGUUUGAAUGCCGUUGAGCGUGUUGGUUCAUAUAUAGAGCUGCCUUCUGAAGCUCCAGCUGUAAUUGAAAGCAACCGUCCCCAACAUGGGUGGCCAUCAGCAGGAUCGAUCAAGUUUGAGGACGUUGUCCUGCGCUAUAGGCCGGGACUUCCACCAGUACUGCAUGGAUUAUCUUUUACAGUUUCUGCAAGUGAGAAGCUGGGAAUCGUCGGAAGAACUGGUGCAGGGAAAUCUAGCAUGAUUAAUGCAUUGUUUAGGAUAGUAGAAAUAGAAAAAGGAAGAAUCUUGAUAGACAGUUGUGAUGUUUCUAAGUUUGGACUGACAGAUUUGCGAAAAGUUCUUAGUAUCAUACCCCAGUCACCUGUUCUUUUUUCAGGAACGGUGCGGUUUAAUCUUGAUCCUUUCAAUGAGCAUAAUGAUGCUGACCUUUGGGAAGCUCUAGAGAGGGCACAUCUGAAGGAUGUCAUUAGGAGGAAUUCUUUGGGUCUGGAUGCUGAGGUUUCUGAGGGAGGGGAGAACUUUAGUGUUGGACAGAGGCAACUAAUAAGUCUUUCUAGAGCACUGCUGCGGAGAUCAAAGAUUCUUGUUCUUGAUGAAGCAACUGCGGCUGUUGACGUUCGAACCGAUGCUCUUAUCCAGAAAACCAUCCGUGAAGAAUUCAAGUCAUGCACCAUGCUCAUUAUUGCUCACAGAUUAAAUACCAUUAUUGACUCUGAUCAAAUCCUUGUUCUCGAUGCUGGUCAGGUCCUAGAACAUGAUUCCCCAGAAAAGCUACUAUCGAAUGAAGAGAGUGCCUUCUCCAAGAUGGUCAAGAGUACAGGACCUGCUAAUGCUCAGUAUUUGUGUGGCCUGGUAUUUGGAGGUAAACAGAAUAAGGUCGUUAGGGACCAAACUGAGCCAGUGGUUGGCCAGAGCCAUAGGAGUUGGUUGGCCUCUUCUCGCUGGGCUGCGGCUGCCCAAUUUGCAUUAGCUGCUAGUCUCACUGCUUCACAGAAGGAUCUUCAAAGAUCUGAUAUUGAAGACAAGAACAAUAUCCUCAUGAAAACAAAGGAUGCAGUUAUAACACUGCAGGGAGUUUUGGAAGGGAAGCAUGAUAAAGAGAUAGACAACACACUGAAUCAACACCAUAUACCAAGACAAGGGUGGUGGUCAGCUUUCUUCAGAAUAGUUGAAGGUAUGGCUGUGAUGGGCAGGCUUGCUCACAACAGGCUUCACCCAUUAGAAGAUGAUUUUGAAGACAAGGCCAUAGAUUGGAGUUGAAUACGAAACCAGAGAACAAGAACUGUUUGAUACUUGGAAUUUCCUCUCACUGAAGGGGAGAGGAAUUAACUGUAUAGGUGUUUGUCCAAAUUGCAACACAAUUAUCGGCUCUGCUUAUAGCUGCAAUUCACACAAGUCAUGAUUAUCAACGUUAAUCUUAUUUUUUAUU